GGAAAAGGGGUUUUCACCACAAGAGAAUUCAAGUCCGGAGACUUCCUCUUGGAGUACAGGGGGGAAAUAGUUGGUAGGAAAGAGGCAGAAGAGAGAGAGAACAAAUAUUUACCACAUCACGGAAGCUUUAUGUAUUUCUUCCAAUGGGAAGGAAAAACCUACUGGUAAGUUUUUUUUAUCUCCAGCAUUACAAAACUGCAAGGGGAACAUUUGUACCAGCAAAAAAAGGAACUUAGUUACAUUAAAAGAGAAUAAUUAUUGUUUCCUAGGCACUGUAAAGAAGAAGGUAGUCAUGUUAAUAUUGCUUGCAGUUAUUUCAAUUCAGAAAUCUAGACAAAUGGGUUAAAGGACUAAAGUCUAAGGACUGAUCUUGUGUAGUUACAUUUAUUUUUAUGGGAUCUAACAUUUGUUGAUCAUCAGAAAACCCCUAACUUGUGAAAACAAGGCAAGAAAGUACAGUACAUUAACAUGUAUCAUCAUCAAAAUAAUUAUCACUGUAUUAUAAAAUUCCUUAAAAUUAAGUUGGCUCAAUAGGGUCUUUCAGGCUGAAAAACUCCUAAGUUUGAGCAUAAACUAAGUCACCAUUAACAAAGAUUUACCACAAAAAAAAAAUUACCACUAAUGCUGUAUAAGAUAAAGAUGAAACUUUGUUAUGAUCAGGGUUACAAUGACAUUGGAGUUGUUAUAGCAACAAAAUGGGGCCAUGGCGUAUUUAAUUUGCAGCUGUAUUUCUGGCACUGGGAACUGUUCAUCCAAAAUUGUUCACGGGAGCUUUUUCCUCCAAUAACUGAAUGAACUUUAAGCAAAAUCUAUGAGAGCGUUAUCAAGAUGGAAAGAAGUUUUGUGGUUAGAAAUGUAUGGUAAAAACUGGACAAUCUCGAUGUUCAGCUGUUAUCUGUAGAAAACAAAGUGCUUUUGAAAUGCAAUUUCACCUCAUAGUAGUUUCAACCUUUUUAAAAGCUUGUGUGAAAGAUCAUGGAGAUAGCUCUAGGCGAUUGCUAGAAAGAAAGAUUUGAUAAGUAUGUCAUCGAGGCGCUCCUGUUAGCAGUUUUGUAGACUGUUUGGUCUACUUUAACCAUGUUAACAAACCAGCAAAUUAUUUUGAAACUGCUGUAUAGAUUUUUUUUUAAAUUUGAGAUUCUCAAGACCAAUCACCAUUUUAUAUGACCUUUGAGUUUGAAGAUUAUUGAUAUAUUUUAAGGCAGUAAAAAAAGCGCUACAAUUCACCAUUUUUUUGUCAGAGGUUUCGUGUUUACAAGUGAGAGCCUCUCAUUAUUCAGGGGUAUUGUCUCCCUUGGUGGAAAAAGCUCCUGUGGACCAUUCUGGAUGAACAGUUCUCAAAGUUAUUAAUAAUUCAUGACGUUAUAAGCCAACCAGAGUGCCCUAUUCGGGUCAGGUGGGUGACUUUGAAACUCAAUGACACAUCGGUUGAAAAUCACUAGUGUUUCAUCGUGCUUUCAUCACUAGUGGUAAAAUUGUUCUUAAUCAGCAUCUUCAUAGAUCACUCAAACACAGCUUAACAUAAAUCAUUAAUUUUGAAUAAACAAUGGCCAGGAAAGACAUUUCAAAUUACAAACUGACUGGCUCUUUUUCUUUUUGUUUUGCUUUCAAACCAAUGCCAGCUCGAGUCCCAUCCUUCAUGUCUGCGUCCAAUAUUCAUCUGAAGAUGGCAAAUCUAAUGACGAAAAGAGAAAAAUUCGCUGCAAUUUCUUUAAGUUUUAAAAUAUCAAAUGGCACCCCUCUCCAAUAACACCAAUUCACGCACCUUUUGUCUGAAGAGUCCAAGGGAUUGAACUCGAUGGCUGAGUUCUUUUCCACCAUGAAUAGGCACCUCUUGAACAAAAUUUGGAUAACAAACAGUUAAGCGUCAAUGCGUCCAUCUCUGUUACGGGCCGAGUAAGCAACUGAACUUUGUCCAAUUCAUACUCUUUAAAAACUCCACCAAUUUCGACUAUUGGAAACUUUACACUUCGCACUCAUUGCCAAUCCUCAAAAAUGCCUACUGCCCACUUAUUUUUAUAUCUGGUAGACUUCGGUACUGCUCUCUCUACACAAAGUUCUUCUUCCUCGAUUGUUUUCGGGAAGGAAAACCUCCCUUCUUUCAAAGCAAAAACAAUAAUUAUGUAAAUCACUUCAAGUUCAUAAAGCUUUUCGAAUACAAAUUUGGUGCAACGCGAAACUAUUGGGCAAUUAAAAACAAAAGCUCAAAAAUACAAUGAAUGCCGACUGAAUACAACAAAUCACAUGUACAAGGCAUGUUAAAGAAAAAUGGGAAAAAUACAACAAUGCAUAAUUUUGUAUUGUUUCUUUGGAGAAGUCAUUUCAAAAACUUGUGCUUCGGGUUUCCUCAGGUUUCCAAACGAUUGAAAACAAUAAAAUGUUUCAAAUGUUUUCUCGUGUUUGGAAACCUGAUGAAACCCUUGCACUCGUUUUUGAAAUAGUACUUCCCAGUGCCAAGAAAUACAGCUGCAAGUAAAAUAGGUAACGGCAUCAUUUGUUGCCAUGACAACUCCAAUGUCAUUUUAUAUUGUAAACCUGAUCAUUACAAAUUUUCAUCUUUAUCUAAUACAGCUGUAGUGGUAAUUUUUCCCAAUCUUUGUUAAUAGUGACAUAGUGUAUGCUCAAACUUGGGAGGUAUUGACCCAAAAAACCCCCAUCGAACCACCUUAAGCUUUUGUGGACUUUAAGCUGCAUGGUUUAAGUAAGCCCACCAAAAAGUUUCUCAAGCGUGGAAAGAUGUCACAUAUAGGUCGCUAGGCUGCCAAAAACUGGGUCUUCAAAAGCAGUUUAAUAUAUUUUCAGGCAAAAAAGAUGAGUUUCUUUUAAUCAGAGGAACACUCAUGGAGACUGAAAGUUUGGUCAGAAUGUUAAAACAUGAAUAAACAAAGGUGCAGUUCAUUAUGAAACCACUUUCUCCUUUAAGUUUGAAAAAAGGUUAUGUUUCUGUGAAGAAAUCUGCAGACCAAAACCUUAGAACAACAUUGCUGCUCUACUAAUACCUAGUUACAGUCAAGGCAGGUCAAGCGUACCCCCUAGGAUUCUUUUUCUGCAUUGAUUAUUCGGAAAAUGAAUCUGAUAGUUGUUCCCGUAACUGGUGUCAAAUUCAAAUUGGCAUUCCUGCAUGUGUAAUGAGCAAUGAAUAUUUUACGAGCACUUCUCUGUAUUUGGUCAGAUUGAAAAUCUUUGAAUGGAUUAAAUUUCUUAGAAGACAUUUACAUCUGGUAUAAAAGCUGUUAUAAAUUUUGUAACUGCUUCGCGUGUGAAUUCCCGGCUCAUUACUCAUGCAAGAAUGCAGAGAUAAAUCUGACGUCUACAACUACCAACAGAUUCAACUUUCAAAUAAUAAAUUCACUAAUGGAAUCUUGGGGGUAAGCUUGACCUGGCUUGACUGUAACUGUUGUUAAUGUCCUUACAAUAUUUUAGUAAUGAUGCAACAUUCUCAGAAGGUUUGGGUCGUCUUGUGAAUGAUGAAAGAGCCACUAAAAGUAACUGCCACAUGAAAAAAAUUGCCCAUAACAACAAGGUCAACUUAUGUCUAUUUGCAAAGAAAGAUAUACCGGCAAAUACUGAGUUACGAUAUGACUAUGGUGUGAGUGACCUUCCAUGGCGCAAA